CCCCUGCCAUUCGUAGAUCAGUUGCGGUGCCGAUCGCACGGCUCAUUUGCCGACUCGAACUUGUAACUGAAUAAAAUAAGUUAUUUUUGCUUUUUUCUUUAUUGUUGUUGUAAAUUGUGUGCAGUAUUUGAGAAGCGUUAAGGCGUGUUUAAGCUGACUGAAAAUUGCAUUGGGGCAAAUUGUUUGCGCGGUCGCACAGCGAGCCAUCGUCUCGACCGCUGAUCACAUUGCAAAGUACAACGCGCGAAAAUGGUUUCAAAUACGAAAAAUAAAACGCAGAACAUUAGCGAAAAACAUUAAGUUAAUAUAAAAGUAAACUGCACAACUUAAAGUUUUUAAUUACAAAGAAAAUAUAGCAGAAGUUGUGCGCCUUUUAUGCACCACAGAGGAGGAGGCGAGGCGGAUAUUGCUGUUGUUGGCUGCAAAACGAGUGUUAAGUGCAUUGUCGUGGCUUCUUGACGCCCAGCAAGCUGAGACGCCAUCACAACUUUCGACAGUUGCUGAAUUCACCGUAAUUUUUGCUGAAGCAACAAAAACAAAAAAAAAAACAAUUAAAAAGAAAUAAUAAAGUGAAAAUGAAAAUGAGCGAAAAGAACUUGUGCACAUUGGACUGCAAAAAGUUGACUAAGCGCCUGAAGUUCCCGCCUGAACCGCGCUCUCACAUGCCGGCCGGUCGACCGCCGCUUGUGCAUCGUGCAACUUGCACACUGAAAGCCUACAAAGGAUGACACAAAUGCAGCCACUCCGUUGGAAGACAGCUGGUGCUGGGAACCAGAAAAUGUCAAAUCUGACAAUGAUCACUCCUCGCAAUCAUCGAGUAGCGGCACUGGCAACGAAAUGGUCAACAUUACUCUGGAGGAGGUGCCACUGGGCAGCAGCGCACGCACCUCAUCCAAAAAACGCGUACCACGCGCUUCCAAUGAGCAUAACGUGGCACUCGAAAAGCGGAAUCAGCAAUUGGAGGAGGAGAAUAAGCAGUUGAAUUUGGCGCUCGAAGAGUUGGACAAUCAACAUAAUCUGGCUAUGCAAAAUGUGCUUGAACUCAAAACCGAUCUACAGCAGAAACUCACAGCUGUUACCAACACUUAUGAGGCCUUGAAGAAGGAGCACGCCGACAAAUUCAUAAACAGUGAAUUGGCAACGGCCACAAUGCAGAAGCAAUUAGAGAGUUUAGCGAAACAACAAGAAGCGUUUGAGUCAGAGAAACAGGUGCUGCAAACUCUGGUUAUUAAUUAUGAAGCUGAGAUCAAGAAGUCCACUGAGGAUAUGGCCGAUUUGCAAGCACUGCUCGAUAAAAAGACGCAAGAUAAUGUGGAACUUAUUGAAAAGGUGAAAGCUGCCGGACAUUUGACAGACAAAGCUGAGGCAGAAAUGGCUCAACUUCAACUGCGUGUGGAACAAUUAAUGAAGGAACUAGAAGAUGCAAAACAAGUGAAGGAGAAAAAGACAUCAGAGUCGUCGACCAGUUCAACUGGCAAGCAAAGCGAAGACGAGUUCAUUGUGGUGCGUGAAGGUGACGCCAAUUCUUCUGGCCCCGCCACGCCGCCGACAAAGGAAGAGCUAAAGGACAAAAUUGUGCAAUUGGAAAAUCGAGUCUCGGAAUUAACAUUGGAAAAUGGCAGCUUUGCAUUGAAAUUGCAAGAUUGUGAAAUGGAGAAGGAACUGGCGUUGACGGUGCUGCGUGAAAAUAUGCAGGAACUACAGACCCGUUGUGAGGAAACUGAUGGCGCUUUGCAAGCUGCGAAAGAACAAUUAGAAGAACAACAAGAAAAACUGGAAGCUUUGAAAGAAAAGGCGGCUGAAGCUGUCAUCGCACAGCAACAGCUAAAGGCGCUGACUGAAGAGAAAGUGAAGAUCGAGACGGAGAUUACCAACAUGAAGGAGAGUUUGCAGAAUGCUUUAGAGCUUGAGAAGCGAUUGUUGUUGUCUGAGAGUGAGAAAGAAAGUCUGCAGAUUGAGUUACAGGGUCUACGUGCCACACAAGAGCGCGUCACCGAGCUGGAGAGCAAAGUACAAAACUUGAUGGUUGAGAAUCAACAGUUGCACCUAACUGCAGAUGUUGAAGCAGAAUCUGAUAACUACAGCGCCGAGUUAGCGGACCGUCUCAAGUCGCUGAAUGACGAAAACGAAAGUCUACGUGCUGAAGUACUUUCGAUGGCGCAAGCGAAAUUCCGAGAAGCCAUUGCUGAGGAAAAGCAAGAGGUCACCGAUUUGGAUGCUGAUGAUGAUGAGCCAUUAACGGUGGACAAAAUAAGAGAGCUACUCAGCUCGCACAUAAAAUCCAAGCUGACGAACGAAAUGGAAGAGGCUUGUCGAGCAGUGCAGGAGCGCGUCACCAGAACCGUCAAUGCAAUGGAACGGAAUAUAUCACGCAUGUCUGAGGAAAUACUCGAUUUACAAGACAGUAAAAUGGUUUGGGAUCAUGAGAAAAAAACGCUUGAGGCCGACAUCUCCCAGUACAUUCUACAGUGCGACGAACUAAUGAAAAAUAACGAGAUAUUACUGAACGAGCUGGAGAACUAUAAACGCAACAAACUGGAAACGAUCCACGAACACAACGAAGAAAGCCUUAUGCAGCUAGAAGCACAGCUGGAGGAGUCUAGUAAGUUGAACCAGUCUUUGGAGCAAGAAUACGAUGAAUUAAAUAAAAGCAAAGAUGAACUCGAACGUGAGAAACAAGCGCUGACCGAAGAGUUACGCGCCAUCCAACUGCGUUUCAGUGAGCUGCAAACAGCCGAAAACGAUCUCAAGUUGCAGGUCGAGGCAUUAGAGUUAGAAAAAGGAAAUUUGCUGUUUGAGCUAAACGAACAAAAGUCCAUCAAUUGUAAGCAAACAGACGAUGAUGUAGCGCUAAAGAGCGCUGAAGAAAAGCAUCAAAACUUAGAAGGUCAAUUGGUGCGAUUGAGCAAAGAUCACGCAGAUUUGGUAGCAGCCAUGCAGACGCAAAAAUCAGCACUGCAGGAUGCCAUAAAGAAACGAGAGGAAGCAGAGAAAAAGUUAUCGGCGCAAGAGAUGCUUGUGAUGCGCAUGCGGCAAGAUGUAAAGCAGCUGGAAGAGAAACGCGAUCGGAGCGGUGACGUUCAAAAGCAACUCGAUGAACUGGCCACACUUAAUCAGCAGUUGAAUCAGGAAUUAUUGGCCAAAGGUAUAGUAGUGGAGAGCCAUAAGAAAAAAAUACUAGAAACGAGUGAUUAUUUAGCUAAAAUACUCGAGCAGUUUAAUGAGUCCGAGCAAAGAAUAGCAGAGAAGGAAAGCGCAUUGAAUGAGAUGCGUAGUUUGCUAGCAGAGAAAGAGAAAGAAAAUGAUGAGUUGCACGAAAAGUUACAACAACAAACAGUUAAUGUCGAACACUUGUCGCAGCUGAAAGAGGAGAAAGAAGCACUUAUAGCCGAAUUUGAAGAGUUAAAGCGGAAAUACGAAGCACACAGCGUCGAGCUAAAGACACUGCAAGAAUCGGCGGUAACAUCUACCAGUACCGAUGCGUCAGCAAUUACACGAAUUGCACAGCUGGAAGCAGAACUCUUGGCUACAGCUGAUUUGCAAAAAACUGUCGAAACAUUGAACUACGAGAAGAGCGAAAUGAUUAAGGCGCUGCAACAGAAACAUGCGGAAAACAUGCAAUACUACACAGAAAUUCAACGUCUGCAGCCACUUGUACAACAACUGCAACAUCAACAACAAGAAAAACCAUGCGAUAGAUGCCCAACGCUAGACAGCACGCUAAGCGAGUUACGUAAGGAGCUGGAGAAGCAGCAAGACCAAAUAAAAUUCCUCAAAGAAAAGUCCGAUAUACUCACGACAAAUUUACUGACGGAGCAGACAAACCAGCGGCUGAUACAGCAGGAGAAGGCGGAAGUGGAAGAGCAAAAUGCGGCUAUACGUAAGGAUUUAGAGCGACUGCGAGAGCAUUUGCUGGAAAUUGAAGAUAUGCAUACGCAGGAGACGGUGGAAAUGCAGCGAGAGUUGGAGGAGACCAAAGCAAAAAUGAUAGCACUGCAGGAUGAUGUGGCGAAAUCAAGCAACGCAUACACAUCGGCGAGUAUACGCGCCAAUCAACAUGCCGAGACGUUGCAGGCUCAGUAUGCGCUCGUGCUGCAGCAACGCGACGAGUUAGUUAACAAGCUGAGCUUGGCCGAGGAUCGAGAAUCGAAGAAUCAGGCGGCGUUGUGUAAUUUACAGUGUGCGCUCGAGCAGUUCCAAAAUGACAAACAAAACGACAUCAAAGCCGCCACGCAUAGCAUACGCAAGGAGCUGCAACAGGAACAGGCAAAGCAAACGCAGUUGCAAGCGGAGAUUGGCGCAUUGCAGCAGCAGCUGGCUGAGGCCAAGCAGGGUUUGUGUGCGGCAGCACGGCUCUCCGAUCAGUUGGAGGCGUGCCAACGUACGACAGCCAUGUUGCGUGAAGAAGUCGAAUCGUUGAAGCAGCAAAAUGCGCUACUCUCCGCCAAACUGAAUGCCAGCGAAUCUAGUCAGUCGGACAAAAUUGAGAAGAGCCUCAUCAAGAGUCUGUUGAUCGGCUAUGUGGUGAGCAGCAAUCCGAAUGAUAAGAGCCAGGUGCUGCGCAUGAUUUCUUCCGUGUUGGAUUUCACACAAAGCGAGUCGGACAAGGUUGGCCUCAACAAGCAACAAUCAAGUUGGCUUGGCGCCAUAUUGGGUGGCAGUCCGGCUGCGCAAGGUGUGCACUCUAAAGACAAUUUAGUGCAGGCUUUCGUGCAAUUUCUCGAACAGGAAUCACAGCCUAAUUCGGAUGCCAGCAGUAUGCCCAACUUGCUAAAUAUCACACAACAGAAUAUUCCGCCUACGGGCACACCCAACCAGCCAGCGCGUCGCAUAUCCACGUCCAGCAAUAGCAGCUCAACGGCGACGGCUGCUAAUGCCUCAGCGCCCAUACCCAUUCAGCCAAUGAUGUUGAAUGAGUUUGCACCGACGCGCAAUUCCAGCUCAAUACUGAAGGAUAUUCUAAGCGAUUCUUGAUUAUUGUAAAUUCGCUUUUUGUAUUCCACGCUGUAGUUACCUUUAUUCUACUCUACUUAUACAAUAUUUUAUGUGCAUAUUACGCUUGCACGCGGAUGAUAUUUUUGUUUUUAUAAAUAAUAAGUUUAUAUACGUCUGUACAUCUGUA